AUGGCCACAACAUCCACUAGUGGUUGCCCCUCAAGCCUGGACGCCAGGUACCACAGACUUUGUGAUACCACUGCAAUUUGGGGCAUCGUCUUAGAAGCAGUGGCCGCAGUUGGAGCUGUGACCUCAGUGGCCUUCGUGUUCGCUCUCCUGAUUCUCAUCUGCAAGGUGCAAGACUCCAACAGGCGAAAAGUGCUCCCGACCCAGUUUCUCUUCCUCCUGGGCGUUCUGGGGAUCUUCGGCCUCACCUUUGCCUUCAUCAUCCAACUUGAUGGCAGCACAGGACCGACCCGCUUCUUCCUCUUCGGAGUCCUCUUCUCCCUCUGCUUCUCCUGCCUCCUGGUUCAUGCUUUCAACCUGACGAAGCUGGUGCAUGGGAGGAGGCCCCUGUCCCUGCUGGUGAUGCUGAGCCUGGCUGUGGGCCUCAGCCUGGUGCAGGACAUCAUUGCUGCUGAGUACCUCAUCCUCACCAUGAACAGGACCAAUGUCGUCAUCUUCUCUGAGCUUUCUGCCUCUCGGCGCAACGAAGACUUUGUCAUGUUGCUUAUCUAUGUCCUCUUCUUGAUGGCGCUGACCUGCCUCAUGUCCUGCUUCAUCUUCUGUGGAUCCUUCAGCGGCUGGAAGAGACACGGGGUCCACAUCUUCCUCACCAUGCUUCUCUCCAUCGCCAUCUGGGUGGCCUGGAUCACCCUGCUCCUGAUUUCUACCUUUGGCCCCGCGUGGGAUGAUACCAUCCUCAGCUCAGCCUUGGUGGCCAAUGGCUGGGUUUUCCUGUUGGCUUAUGUUGUACCUGAGUUUCGGCUGCUCACAAAGCAGCGGAACCCCAUGGAUUACCCCGUUGAGGAUACGUUUUGUAAGCCUCAACUCAUGAAGCAGAGCUAUGGUAUGGAGAACAGAGCCUACUCUCAAGAGGAAAUCACCCAAGGUCUUGAAGAGCUAGGUGAUACGCUCUAUGCUCCUUAUUCCACCCAUUUUCAGCUGCAGAAUCGGACCUCCCAAAAGGAUUUCUCCAUUCCACGGGCCCAGACUCGGACUAGCCCUUACAAUGACUACGAAGGAAGGAAAGACGGCAGUUAGCCGUUCAGAAGAGUGGGACAAACACAGCAAGUCAGCCAAUCGGUGGGGAGUCCCGAGGGAUAUGGGCUAAAUCCCGAGGCACCUGAGGAAACUGUACAAAACCUUUCGGGAAGAACUUGCUUUCCCUUCUGGAGUUUCUGGGGGGCUAACAAGACUCCAGGGCCAAGCACUCGUGUUUUCCCUUUGUCCCAGGCUUGGGAUACUUCUUUUAAGUGGGAGGGAGUCUCCGGCAACUCAGGGUGUGCCCAUUACUGUGCCCAGUC